AUCACAAGGGGAAAUCAAAAAGCAGAACAAUAAAUCAGCAAACAACAAUAAGUAAAUAAAUAAAAUGACAAGGUCAUUUGUUGUCGUUGCUCUCAUUGUUUCUGCUUUUUGCUUCUCAUCUGUCUUGGCUGCUCGUGUUACACCAAAUGAUGUACCAACAACUAAUGCAGCAGCAAAUAAAGAUGAUUUUUUCAUUGUUGUUGGCCAAAUCUACUGUGAUCCUUGCGGCUUCCAAUUUGAGUCAAGACUUAGCAAACCCCUAGCAGGUGUUAAGGUGACUUUAGAGUGCACAAAGGGAGACAAAAAUGUGACAUUUGUGAAGGAGAGCACCACCGACGAAACUGGUACCUACAACAUUGAAUGUAAAGGUGAUCACGAGGAAGAGGUUUGCAAGGUGAACGCCGUAAAUGAAAAGGGAAACUGUAGAAAGAUUAUGGACAACGAAUCCGACAUGAUUGUCCUCACCAAGAACAUGGGUGUUCCUUCCUUGGUUCGUUUUGUUAAUGCCCUCGGAUUCAUGACCGAGACAGUUGAUCCUCAAUGUGGAAAGGUUAUCACUGAGUUGGGUUUGGACAAGCUUGAUGAUUGAUUAAACAAUCAUUCAACUUAUUCAUUAAACCUAAUCAAAAAAUAAAAUAAAAGCCACUUAAUGUUGUGAAAUUUAUAUUGGCACAAUUGACCUGUAUCUGUUUAAAUUAUUAUUUCUCUGCAAAAAUGUGUUGUUGGUUAUUAUGUGUAACUAUACAAACUCAUGUUUAUUGAGUAUUGAAUGAGAAUUUGGAGAAAUUUGG